CUCCUCUUCCGUCCUCCUGCCUCACCAUCUUCCCGAACCCGAAUUCUCCCCGCAUUCGAUUCACCUGUCACAAUGUCUCUCCUCGGAAAGAAGUUCCCCGGCGCUCUGGCCAAGCCUAUGGCUCCCUUCUUCGCUGCCGGCCUCAUUGUGCUCUACGGCGUCAACUCUCUCCAGAACGCUCUGUCCAACUCCCAGCAGUACAAGAACGAUCCCCGCAACCCCAACGCUAAGCCCGCUGGCAAGGCUGACCACUAA